CUCCACCGUCCGAUCCUCCUCUCAUCGUCCAUACCCUCGCUAUAAAAAUCUCCUCUCAUCACUCAUCUUCUCUGCAAAUCCAAACUCUCACUCUCUCCACUUCACUCUCACUCUUCAACAAUCUCCAUAACCGUCAAGAGAAAAUGAGGGAGAUCCUUCACAUUCAGGGUGGACAAUGCGGGAACCAGAUCGGUUCGAAGUUCUGGGAGGUGGUUUGCGACGAGCACGGCUUAGAUCCGACGGGGAGGUACGUCGGGAACUCCGAUCUGCAACUUGAGCGCGUGAAUGUCUACUACAAUGAAGCUUCCUGUGGAAGGUUUGUUCCACGCGCCGUCCUCAUGGAUUUGGAGCCGGGAACCAUGGACAGCGUCCGCACCGGUCCGUAUGGCCAGAUCUUCCGUCCGGAUAACUUCGUGUUUGGACAGUCCGGCGCCGGGAACAACUGGGCGAAAGGACACUACACUGAAGGUGCUGAGCUUAUUGACUCUGUUCUUGAUGUUGUGAGGAAGGAAGCUGAGAACUGUGAUUGUCUUCAAGGGUUUCAGGUGUGUCAUUCGUUGGGUGGAGGAACGGGAUCGGGGAUGGGAACGCUGUUGAUUUCGAAGAUCAGGGAGGAGUAUCCUGAUAGGAUGAUGCUGACGUUCUCUGUGUUUCCUUCACCUAAGGUGUCUGAUACUGUUGUGGAGCCUUACAAUGCUACUCUGUCUGUUCACCAGUUGGUGGAGAAUGCUGAUGAGUGUAUGGUGCUGGAUAAUGAGGCGCUCUAUGAUAUCUGCUUCAGGACUCUCAAAUUGACCACUCCUAGCUUUGGUGACUUGAACCACUUGAUCUCAGCAACCAUGAGUGGUGUCACUUGCUGUCUUCGUUUCCCUGGUCAACUCAACUCUGACCUCAGGAAACUAGCAGUGAAUCUGAUCCCAUUCCCUCGUCUGCACUUUUUCAUGGUUGGGUUUGCUCCCCUCACCUCCCGUGGCUCUCAGCAGUACCGUGCACUGACGGUCCCUGAACUGACCCAGCAGAUGUGGGAUUCCAAAAACAUGAUGUGCGCUGCUGAUCCUCGACAUGGUCGCUACCUCACAGCAUCUGCCAUGUUCAGGGGCAAGAUGAGCACCAAAGAAGUGGAUGAGCAAAUGAUCAAUGUCCAGAACAAAAAUUCCUCCUACUUCGUGGAGUGGAUCCCCAACAACGUGAAGUCCAGUGUCUGUGACAUUGCUCCUAAGGGUCUCUCCAUGGCAUCCACAUUCAUUGGCAACUCAACCUCAAUUCAGGAAAUGUUCAGGAGAGUGAGCGAGCAGUUCACUGCCAUGUUUAGGAGGAAGGCUUUCUUGCAUUGGUACACUGGUGAAGGCAUGGAUGAAAUGGAAUUCACAGAAGCUGAGAGCAACAUGAAUGAUCUCGUGUCGGAAUACCAGCAAUACCAGGAUGCUACUGCUGAGGAUGAUGGGGAGUAUGAAGAUGAGGAAGAGGAGGAACAAGAGCACGUGUAUGAAUGAAGAAAUUAUUACUAAGCUGAAAUCUCCUGCUUAUUGCAUUAUGUUAUAUGAUGCGUAAUUGUGCUCUCUCCUGCGUGAAGAAGAUUGUAAUUAGUAUAUUUUGCGGUGAUUAUCCUGAUGUGGAGAAAGGAAAUGCCUAUUUUCUUUCUUCAUGCUAUUGUGAGCUGCAGAGAGGUUAAUUGUAGUGGGGGGAGUCUGGGUACAAGUUUUAAAGUAGUCAUGCGGCACCUAUCUGUUUGUUUUGAUAUUUGCUUGUUUGUUCGCUCUAUCUGGUACAUCAGAUCAUGUUUCAUUAAUACUUUGUUAUUCAUAUGCAUGUCUUUUUCAUAACAUUGGAGUUUAUUUUGUUGUUUGGAGAA